AUGAGCAUCAUUCAAGACAAGUUAGGCAACGACUUCCUACGGCCAAAUGGAGGCAUGGACGCCAACUUUGGCGCCGGCAUGAUCAUGUUCAGCCACCUUCCGCCCGUCACCAGCUUCACCCGGCUGCAUUCCGUCGGGCCCCAGGAGAUGAUCUUGAAGAAGGAGCGGGACUCGCCCGACUGCAGCGGUGUUGGCGGUGUGCCGGGAGCGGGUGACUACGUCCACGCCCUGGGUAUCAAGCAGGAGAAGAUGUCUGAGCACGAUUACCGCCUGCCGCUGUACCCUGGGGGACUGGCCAAGAGCAACGAACUACUGGAGGUCACUGUCAGUAACAACCAGAGCCUGCUGGUGCAUGAAGUCAACAUGGCCAAUCUGCCGAGUCAGUUAGGAAAGGAGCCCGCUGGGAGGAAAGGUCGCAGGUCAAAUGGUGACGGACAAGAGGGCCGACCAAGGAAGAAGCGGAGUGAAGCAAAGUCCAUGAUGAUGGAUGGCGAUGCGGGCAGCAUGUCACCGGACAAUAAACCUCACAUCUGCGAGCACUGCAGCGCUGCUUUCAGAAGCUCUUAUCACCUGCGCAGACACGUCCUCAUUCAUACUGGUGAGCGGCCGUUCAGAUGCAGUCAGUGUAACAUGAGCUUCAUUCAGAAGUAUCUCUUACAGCGACAUGAGAAAAUCCAUAGUGGAGAGAAGCCUUUCAGUUGCGACCAGUGCAACAUGCGCUUCAUUCAGAAGUACCAUAUGGAGCGACACAAGCGCACGCACAGUGGAGAGAAGCCCUACAGAUGUGAAAACUGCCAACAAUUUUUUUCCAGGACGGACCGACUGCUUAAGCACAAGCGGACGUGUGGAGACGCCUUGAGGAAAGUUCUUGAUCCCAGCUUGCUUGACAUGGCUUGCACGGACAUGGGCAGCUACGGAAUCACUCAGGGAAAUGUGGCGUCGGGAAGUGGGAGGAAAAAAGGCAGGUCAAAAAAUCCUGGAGAAGGAGUGGCCCGAAAAAAAAAGAAGGGGGAUGGCGGUUUGAGAGUACCUCACAUUUCUGCCUCUGUUAGUGGAGCCUACAGUGUCCACGAAUACUCUCUGGAGAAUCAAACUGUGUCCUCGUCCACAGAACCAGGUCCCAGUAUGCAACACCAUGGGCGCGCCCCCAAGGUGGCGCUGAAAAAAGCUCAUAGGAAAGGUCUGGAAAAAGGUUCUAAAGAGGAAUCGAUGCAGCACAAUGUUGAUCCAGGCCUCCUGCAAACAAACGGCGAAAGGUUGGCCAACAACUACGACGAUGCUAUGCAGUUCCUGAAAAAGCGGCGCUACCUCCAUAACGUCACAUCCUCAACAGGGAGUGGGGGCGCCGAGUACGACUUGUUGUCCCCGCACCCGUCAGUCAUCCAAAUGACUGAUGCUGACUCGAGUCUGGACAAGUCUGGCAUCCCCGAUGAGGUGCUGCAGAGCCUGUUGGAGCACUACUCCCACAAGCCCGACGCCUCACAGCACCACGAAAUCCAUUUUGAUCUGGGCGACCAGCACGUGGAAGAGCUACAGCCCGCCUCGGCCCAAGAUCUCGACGCUGGCGCCAGUCCGCCCGAAGACAAAGGCCUCAUGAUGAACGAGUACUCGCGCUUCCUUCUGCAAGCUCUGGAGCGCACCAGCCAUAGCGCAGGCUUCCCCCUCGGCGCCCCGUCUUCCGGACCCUUCCUCUAUUCAGAGUGCGGCUUCGGGCCAUCGGGGGCGGCCGACUCAUCGCCUCAGCAUGCCUUCCACCUCCUGGACUCUGCUCAGCACCACCAGCUGACUCCUUCGCAGGAGCUCAACGCCUCCGCCACACCGCCGUCAUCUUACCAGAUGAGCCCGGCGGACCCCGGCUGCCACAAAGAGGCGCCGCCCGCCAAGAACGGCACCACCGCCAUAUUCCCGCUGGCCCCCUCCAAAGUAGCACCCUACCAGAUAGAAAACUUUGCACAGGCUUUCGGCUCACAGUUCAAGUCCGAAGAGCGGAUAAGGACGCCCGUGUCCGAUUACUCAGGGUACAGCAGCUUGCUGGCCGACAUCGGCGAGCCGGCGAGCUCCGUCUCCAAAACGGCAACCAGCCAAAGCUACAGAUGA